AUGAAAUUUGGACGUCGUGAGCAACAGUUUUACCUGUGGUACUUCAUCGUGCACAUUCCGAUCACGGUUUUCAUCGAUUCAUCGGUGGUCAUCCCCCCAAAAUGGCAAUUGGGGUUUGCGCAAAAGGUCGUCAACAAUCACAUUGCAAAGCAACACGAUUUUUUGCUGUCAGAGAAGCCAAACUGGCUAUACUGGUUUGUUCUUCUUGAACUGGUUUUGCAACUGCCCCUUUUCGGCUAUUUCGUUGACAAACUCUGGAACUUGAACAAAUUACAAGUCAAUACGGACAACAAGCUACUAACCUGGCUGCGGAUCUAUGGUUGGAACGCCUCGCUAACUACGCUAGUGUGUAUCAUCGUCAUCUUCCAGCGUGGUUACAUCCCUUACGAUGUGCUAAGAACAGCUCUGACCACGACCCAGAAGUGCCAACUGGCCUCCGUAUACUUACCCACGUUUCUCAUUCCGCUGCGCCUGUGUCUUUUAUAG